AUGUCUAUUAAGAGGUUAUUAAGACAGGGUUGUCCAGGUUACUUGGCUAUUGUAAGAGAUACCCAAGCAAAGGUCGGGGAUAUAAACCAAGUGUCUGUAGUGAAUGAGUUUGUAGAUGUAUUUCUAGAGGAGUUACCAGGUUUGCCUCUCGAACGGGAGAUUGAAUUUUCUAUAGACUUGAUUCCGGACACUAGACCCAUAUCCAUACCCCCAUAUAGAAUGGCACCUGCGAAGCUUAAAAAACUUAAGGAUCAAUUAGAAGAUUUGUUUGACAAUGGUUUCAUCCACCCUAGUGUCUCACCAUGGGGAGCACCGGUAAGAAUGCCACUUAAGACACGGGCCACUUUAAGACAAGUGGGGGAGCAAGAUGCCCCUACUGAGAUGACUACUAGGCCACAGGCACCUACCCGUAGAGGGCGAGGUAGACAUGGCAGGGUCGCUAGGCCGGUGAGAGCGAGUACGCCAGUGAAUAAGAGAAAUGAGGGACAACCCUUAGGUGAGACUGUUAGGCCACCAACGAGAGGCAUUACUGUUGAGGACUUGGGGAUAGGUUCUAUUCGCAGUCCUAAUCAGCCAGCUUUAUCUGCUCCUUCGACAACUGUUUCAAUUGGCCAAGAGGUUAACCAGAUAAGAGAUAGAGGUACUAGUGCUUGCUCUCGGGGUAGCCCAUCUAGUGAAUUUAGCGGUGUUAGACACCUGAAGGAGCUUAAGGAUCAGUUGGAGGAUCCUUAUGGAAAGAAAGAAAAGAUGUUUGCCAAAGGCACAAAUGAAAUGUUGAGGUAUGGAAAUAGACUUUAUGUGUUGGAUAAUGAUGAAUUGAGGAGAGAGAUAUUGGAGGAGGUGCAUAUGGCAGCCUAUAUGAAGGGAGAAAGGGCUGCCCUGAAUGGUGGAGACACCCCUAGUGACAAUGUUGGUAUCAGAAUUUAA